GAGAGAGAGAGCUACAGAAGUCAAGCGGGAAUGAUCGAGCUUGUGUAUUUAAUGGGCUCGCCCUCCGCUACAUGCUCCUCAUUCCACUCCUAGCGCUCUCUUCUUCGUCUCCUGUGCUCUUGUCCACUAAGCUCGGCAAGCUUCUCUUCUCAGUUCAUACCGGAGAAGAAGAUAGCGGUGAUCAGAGGGCCGGGGAACGACUCGUUUCCGCCAUUAAAGGAAAGGUUUUGAGCAGAGCGUAGAGGGUUGGGAAUGAAGUACGUGGUGGUAACGGGGGGAGUGGUUAGUGGGUUGGGGAAGGGGGUGACAGCGAGCAGCAUUGGGGUUCUGCUUAAGGCGUGCUGUAUGAGAGUCACCACCAUCAAGAUUGAUCCAUACCUCAAUACUGAUGCGGGAACGAUGUCUCCUUUCGAGCAUGGAGAAGUUUUUGUUUUAGAUGAUGGUGGAGAGGUGGAUUUGGAUCUUGGUAACUAUGAAAGAUUCCUUGACAUCAAACUGACACGUGAUAAUAACAUUACUACUGGAAAGAUUUACCAGUUUGUUCUUGAUAAAGAGAGAAAGGGAGAUUAUUUGGGGAAAACUGUUCAGGUUGUUCCACACAUUACUGAUGCCAUACAAGAAUGGAUUGAACGGGUAGCAUUGAUUCCCACUGAUGGAAAAGAAGGACCUGCUGAUGUCUGUGUUAUAGAACUUGGUGGAACAAUAGGAGAUAUUGAAUCCAUGCCAUUUAUUGAAGCUCUUAGUCAGUUCUCCUAUCGUGUAGGCCCCGGCAACUUUUGCCUUGUUCAUGUCAGCCUUGUGCCAGUUCUAAAUGUUGUUGGUGAACAGAAAACAAAGCCAACGCAACAUAGUGUUCGGGGUCUGAGAGGACGAGGAUUGUCUCCAAAUAUUCUUGCUUGCAGGAGUGCACUGCCUUUGGAUGAAAAUGUCAAAGAAAAGCUUUCACAAUUUUGCCAUGUUCAGAAGUCAAAUAUUGUUACUCUUUAUGAUGUUCCAAACAUUUGGCAUAUUCCUUUGCUUCUAAGGGACCAGAAGGCACAUAUUGCUAUCUUGAGAGCUUUGAACCUCCAAGGUGUAACUCGAGAGCCAAUGCUGGAGGAAUGGACUUCCAUGGCUAAAACCUGUGACACUCUACGUGAUCCUGUUAGGAUUGCCAUAGUUGGAAAAUAUACUGGUCUUUCUGACGCAUAUCUUUCUGUUGCAAAGGCUCUCUUACAUGCUUCUGUAGCCUGCCGUAGGAAACUUGUGAUAGACUGGGUUUCUUCCAUGGACCUUGAAGACUCAACUGCAGAAGAGGCACAUUAUGUUCAUAAAGCAGCUUGGAAUCUAUUGAAGGGUGCAGCUGGAGUAUUAAUUCCUGGAGGUUUUGGUGAUAGAGGCAUCCAAGGGAAAAUUCUUGCUGCAAAAUAUGCCAGAGAAAAUAAUAUCCCAUUUCUAGGCAUUUGUCUUGGCAUGCAAGUUGCAGUGAUUGAAUUUGCUCGCAAUGUCAUGAAUUUACAAGAUGCAAAUAGCAUGGAGUUUGAUACUAACACAAAGAACCCAUGUGUAAUAUUUAUGCCAGAGGGUUCCAAAACACAUAUGGGGGGUACGAUGAGGCUUGGAUCUAGGAGAACUUACUUCCAGCUUAAAGAUAGCAAAUCUGCCAAGUUGUAUGGAAAUGUGAAGUAUGUAGAUGAAAGGCAUAGGCAUAGAUAUGAGGUAAAUCCUGAUUUGGUUAUGAAGCUUGAAAGGUCUGGUCUUGCUUUUGUGGGCAAGGAUGAAAGUGGUAGAAGAAUGGAGAUUCUUGAGCUGCCUUCGCAUCCUUAUUAUGUUGGAGUCCAGUUCCAUCCAGAGUUCAAGUCAAGACCUAGGAAACCUUCUGCUCUUUUCUUAGGUCUAAUCGCCGCCUCUUGUGGGCAACUCGACGUGUUGCUUAAAGCGCAAGGCCGCGACAACUUGCUGCCGACAAAAAUGGUCACAAGCAACAGUCCCUCGGUCGCAAUGGUCUACCCAAAUGGACAUACAAAGCACCUCUCGAAUGGACCUUACUAUGCAAAUGGCAAUGGCGUCCAUGCCUAACUUCCCUUCAGCUGAUCAAGGCAGUGUGAGGUUUGGCUUCUUAUAUGCUACUACUAGUUUUCACAAGAUUGGAAAAUAGCUUAAUGGUUUUGCUCAAUAGUAGAAGUGGCAGUGGAGCUUGUUCCAGGUUUUUAACGAGGAACAGCCUAUGUAUUUCAUUUUGUCUGAAAAUGGAUCAGAAGGUUAUGAUAGUCUUCUUUUUCCUCAUAUUUUUGUCUGUUUUUUUUUUUUUUUCUCUUUGAUUUGAUAGUUCUUGAGAUGUCUGAUCAUGUAGAAGAAAUUAAAGCUUGUUUUAUCUGUAAAGUAUCAAUUCCAAGAAGCUGAAUCUGUGAUUUCUUCUUUGUUUUC